AAAUAUAUUUAUAUAAAUUUAAUAUAUAUAUAUAGAUACAUGAAAAUAUAUAUUUAUAUCUAUAUAAAAUAUAUGUUAAUGCAUAAGAAAUCUGUAACACACAUUAGAAUUUAUGUAACCAUUUAAACCUAACUACAUCAGGUUUUUCCUAUAUCCGACGCCGGCAACAUCAACACACAUACACACAAAUAUAUAUAUAUCUUAUAUCAGAAUUGACUGUUGAUCCGUUCGUCUUUAAAAUUCUAUUCCCGUGGCCGUUCCCUACCAAACACCGGUAUAUAUAUAUAUAUACAUUGAUAUAUUAUAUUAUAUUAUAUAUAUAUAUUUGAUGAUGACAAUGUCAAGAAAUAAGAUGAUCCUGUUGCUUACUCUGAUCACGUGGUGUUGUAACAACCUGCAAGUGAAAUCCGACUUAUUCAUCAGAUCGUACAACGCCCAUCGCACACAGUUUGAUGCAUUUGUUUACAAUUCACUCGAGGAUGUCAACGAAGAGAAGCCUCAUUUGGUCACCCCAUGUGAAACCGUGGUAAAUCGUUCAGACGAUAAAUCGCGCUACCCGAAAUAUGUAUACCACGGCCGCUGCAAAUCUUUAGGGGGCCAGUGCGGACAGUCGACCAAAAAGGUCCAUAUGUUGGUUCCAGGCAACGCUUCCGCCCUGAAGAGCGAGUAUCGGGAUGAUUUCGUGCCCUACACUAUUGAAGUAGUCACUAUAAAUACGACGUGUGUUCAAAGACGACCUGACAAGUUAUUGCAAACCGAAACAAAAAUACAU